AUGGAUUUAAGAGUUGGAAGAAAGUUUCGCAUAGGAAGAAAAAUCGGUAGUGGAUCCUUCGGGGAUAUAUAUCAUGGGACUAAUUUAAUUAGUGGUGAGGAAGUUGGUAUAAAAUUGGAAUCCAUCAGAUCAAGACAUCCUCAAUUGGAUUAUGAGUCUCGUGUCUACAAAUAUUUAAGUGGUGGUGUCGGAAUACCAUUUAUUCGUUGGUUCGGUCGUGAGGGUGAAUAUAAUGCUAUGGUCAUGGAUCUAUUAGGUCCAUCUUUGGAAGAUCUUUUCAAUUAUUGUCAUAGAAAGUUUUCAUUUAAGACUGUCAUCAUGCUUGCGCUACAAAUGAUCUGCAGAGUUCAAUACAUCCAUGGUAGAUCUUUCAUUCAUAGAGAUAUUAAACCAGAUAAUUUCUUAAUGGGGACUGGUCGUCGUGGUAGUACCGUCCAUGUUAUUGAUUUCGGUUUAUCUAAGAAAUACAGAGAUUUCAAUACUCAUCGUCAUAUCCCAUAUAGAGAAAAUAAAUCAUUAACCGGCACGGCAAGAUAUGCUAGUGUUAACACUCAUUUGGGAAUUGAACAAAGUAGAAGAGAUGAUUUAGAGUCCUUAGGUUAUAUGUUGGUAUAUUUCUGUAAGGGUUCAUUGCCAUGGCAAGGUUUAAAGGCCACUACUAAGAAACAAAAAUACGAUAGAAUUCUGGAGAAAAAACUAUGUAUAAGUGUGGAUACACUUUGUGCUGGUUUACCAAUAGAAUUUGCUGAUUAUAUGAAUUAUUGCCGAAAUUUAAAGUUUGAAGAAAGACCUGAUUAUCUUUACCUGGCAAGACUUUUCAAAGACUUGAGUAUUAAAUUAGAAUAUCAUAAUGACCAUUUAUUCGAUUGGACUAUGAUUCGUUAUACAAAGGCUAUGGUCGAAAAGCAACGUAAUCUAUUAAAUGAUGACCCAAAUCAAGACGGUGGUGGUUCUGCCAAUACUGUGGAUAAGAAUGAUCAGUUUAAUAAGAUUAAGUUAUUGGCAAUGAAGAAAUUUUCUACUCAUUUCCAUUAUUACAAGAAUGAAGAUAAACAUAAUCCAACUCCAGAAGAAAUUAAACAACAAUCCAUUCAAAAUAAUAAUGCUGCAUUAUCAUUACCUCCUGAACUAUUACAAGCUAUUGAUAAAGGAUUAGAUGCUUUGAAACAAGUACCUCCUCAACAGCAACCACAACAAGGGACAUUGCAAGGUCAACCAGUAAAUACUGGUGCUGAACCAUUAUUACAACAACAGCAGAGAGAUCAACAACAAUUCCCACCUGUAAUAGCCCAAAGAGAUCCAGCACAACCUCAAAUUCUUCAACAAACACGGCAAUCUGGUGCUACGUAUUAUCCUGCAAAUGUGCCUAACAACAAUAACCAACAACAACCAAAUCAACAGACCAAACCACCAGGUGCCGCAGGUUCUAAUAUAUGGCUAUAA